AGGCGGAGUUGGGGGUCUCUUUGCUUCUCUGAGCCCAUCACUGCCCAGCCUGCAGAGGCCUAGGAAUGGUGGCUGCAGCGCCAGGUGGCUGGUGGCAGCUUUUACGGGCUGAGCUGCCUUUUGUGAAAAUGCCUCUUGCUGGAUGUGAUGUUGAGGAUGAGGGGCCAAAAUGUACCCCAAAAGCCUUCAAGAUUAUUAAGAGAUGACCCUCAGGAACCGUAUCACCGCAAGAGGGCCGUGCCUUGACCUCUUCUUUGUCCCUGAAGACAGAUCCUGCAGGUGUCUUCAUGUUGCCGCCUCACGGGGUCCAGGACCUUCAUGUGGGCGUGAGGCCAAGGAGGGCCGGCAGCCGCUUUGUCCAUCUCAACCUGGUGGACAUGGACUACCACCAGCUGGUGGCAUCAUGGCUCGUGUGCCUUUCCUGCCGCCAGCCACUCAUUUCCAAGGCCUUUGAGAUCACCAUGGCGGCGGGGGAAGGGAAGGGUGCCAGCAAGCGGAUCACCUACACCAACCCCUAUCCUUCUCGGAGGACCUACCACCUACACAGUGACCGCCCCGACCUGCUGCAGUUCAAGGAGAGCUCCUUCCAGGUCUGCCCCGAGGGCUGGCGG